AUGUCGGACCAGGCUCGGGGAAGGCGUGUGCACAUCGAGCUGAUCCAGAUGACUGCCGCAACCAGUGGGGCUAGUGUUCUCGGGGCACGUGCGCUGGGCACACGUACGUACGUAAACGGUUCGGCGUUACGCAAUCGGUCCGCUCGUCACCGCCGCACCGGCCGUCGGCAUCGAGAUCGAAACGCCGCACUCUCGCGGAUUUCACCUUCCGACGCGAACGAACGGACGGGCGGGAACCUAAUCGGGGACACGACCCAGUUACCGAAGAGUGCGACGCGCACGGGCGCGCUGGUGGCGGUCGGAUAUCACGCGCACAUAGGCGACGGCACACGCACACGCGCACACACACACGCGCACACACACACACACACACCGACCGACCCGCUCUGCAACGCAGCAGAUAAGACUCGUCCCAUUUCGCAUUCGCCCGCGUCGGCCGAUACUUACUUUGUUCGCAGGCAGCCUAAUGACGAGGGCCGUCUUGGAUGUUUGCGUUUGGUGACGGAGAGACGCCGAUUAAGGGGAAGCGGUGCGUCGGAAACUUACGUAGGUAUGUGUACACGCACUCUUAACGCACGCACACCAGCACACGUGCUUUCAGCGCGAGUAGGCAAUAGGUCGCUACUAAGGGCGAUCGCGCGCGAGCGUUUAGAUAGAGGCGCACGAAGGCCGGCUUCGAUUGCGCUAGCGGUGCGCGCGUUUCACUUGGCGCACGCCGACUGGCGCAGGCGAGGCGAGGAGUUCGGUCGGUCGUGCGAGCGAGCGAGCGAGCGAGCGAUUUCACCGCGACAAUAUUGCGACGGGCAGGCUGCGACCCGAGCGGGGGGCCCCGUGCACGCACCAGCGCUGCUAUUUUGUGCUCCGCGCCGCGGACCCCCAGUUUCG